UACGUGCACCUAGAAAGAAACAAUGUUUUUUUAUCAUUUUCGAACGACGAAAGCUGCUGAUUUGGCAUUUAAUUAAAUUAAUGGUACUCGAUUUGCCAUUUACGAACUGUAACUGACGAGCGAGAUUCAGACACUUCGUCCCUUAUGUCUUCAUACUCUUCCUGUGUUUUGUGUUUCUGUUUUUCUCCUGCAUUUUUUAGGGUUUGUUUGACAUGCGAACUUUUUGUAAAGCUUUCUUUUUUCUAUUGAUUUCAUCUUUGUUGGCUUUUGUGGAUGUGUUCUUGUUUGUGAAAUUCCAGGCUGGGAGAAUUAGUGUUUCUUUGUGUUGAAUUGCGGCAAUUUAGGGGGAUUUCAAUCAUUUUCUUUUUGUUGGGUGUGUUCUGUCUGUGUAAGUGCUACUCUUGUUUUUGCCUUACCAUGAAAUUGGGGAUAUGUGCUUGGUGUGAGUUGUUUCCCUUUUUUUAGGAAAAGAGUUCAUUAUUGAGUUUCUUUGAAAAUUCCUAACUUGGAAGUAUUAUGCAGUGGAGAAAUAGGGUUUUAGUUAUCUGUUUGACAGAAGUGUAAAAUGGAUUCAGAGAUGGAUAUUAAUGGUGGUGGGAUUUCUGAAAAUGCAUUGAGUGAUGAGGUACGUUACAGUAUUGCAGCUUUCCUAUGUCUGAUAAAAAGGGCUUUCAGAGCCUCUGAUUUUGAGGAGAUUGAAAAGCAGCUAAAGCUCAAAGAAGAAAGUUACAAGAAGGAGAAGUUCGCUCUUGAAGCCAGAGUCGAGAGGAUUUCGCGCCUGGGCUCUGAAGAGCUGCAUAAGAAAGAGGAACAAUUGAAGGGGGUCAUGAUUAAGAAUGAAGAAAUCAUGAAUCAAGGAUUGGAGCUCAAGCAGAAGUACGAGGAUCUAAACAAGGAAAACGAUGAAUUGAGAAAGAAAAAGGAGCAAUUGAAAGAUGUCAAGAAGCAGAAGUUGACUCUUGAAGCCAAAGUCGAGAGGAUUUCACGCCUGGGCUCUGAAGAGCUGCAUAAGAAAAAGGAACAAUUGAAGAGGGUCAUGAUUAAGAAUGAAGAGAUCAUGAAUCAAGGAUUGGAGCUCAGGAAGAAGUAUGAGGAUCUAAAAAAGGAAAACGAUGAAUUGAGAAAGAAGGACGAGCAAUUGAAAGAUGUCAUGAAGGAGAAUGAAGAGAUGAGAAAUGAUAAAGAAGAGCUCAAGAAAACAUGUGAAAAUCUGAUAAGGAAGAAUAAGUUAAUGGAAGCGGACUUGGGGGAAGAGCAUGAGGCAAAGGAGAAGGUUGAGAGGUUGGUGGAGGAGCUCAGGGAGACGGAAAGGGGUUGCAGGGCGAAGUGCAUCGAGCUGGAGGCAAGAUAUAGUCAGCUAAAUUUUGGAAAGUUGAUAACUGAAAAUGAACUGGAGAACUGCAAAAGAAGGUGCAGUGAGUUAGAAGAGCGUCUGUCUGUCAAGGAAGAGGAUUACAGGGCCAUUAGUGAUAGAGAGCAAUUGCUGAAGGAUAGGAUUUCUGGUUUAAUGGAGAUCUGGAAGGAUUUUUCUCCUCCUGAAACCCAGAAAAAUAUGGAACUGGGUAGCAGUAAAACCCGUGACAGUGCUCAAAACCCCACUCACGAGCGUGCAGAUAAAGCCAGGAAGCGCACCAAAACUAAGCAAGUUAGAAGUGCAGACAUAAAUCUUUUCGAUAACCUUCCUUGCUAUUCACGUCUACCAUGUAUGGCUCGAGUAAGUGUGGGCCGGUUUAAUGCAGGUGAGCCAUCUAUAACGGGUGUCUCGAAUGAUGGGUUUAAGGAUGUUGGGGAACAAGUUUCUUCUCCUGAAUGUGCAGGCUCAGGAAGAAAUGGGUUAAUCACUCCUUCCAAUUGCAGCAAUUUGGGUAAUGUGAAGAGCACCAAACCUGUGAAGGAAGGCCCCAUACAAAUCAGUGACAGUGAUAGUGAGACCAGUGGGGGAGCUGAAGCAGCUUGUAUCGAGGAGACUUAUCCUAGAGAACCUCAUAAGAGUGGAAGGGAGACUCCUAACUCAGUAUGUGGGAACUCUUCAACCGAAGAAGAUUUCGUGUUUGUACAUAAUGAAAAGAGAAUUGGGCAAAGUUUUACACCCAAGAGAGGGCGUCGAACCAGGGUAGUAAGAGAAAGCGACAGUGAAGAUGAUGCGGAUGCCCUUGUCUCUUACUUUGAAGUGAGAAACUCUGAAGAAAAUGUUAUUAAUAUGGGAGGAGAAGAGGAAGGUUCUGAUUAUGGAAGUGGAUGCAAGAGUUUGGGUGGUCUUGCCAUUAAUGGGUCAGAUAAUGAAAAGAGAAUGGGUAGUACUGUACGUAAUGAAAAGAGAAUUGGGCAAAGUUUUACACCCAAGAGGGGGCGUCAAACCAGGGUGAUAAGAGAAAGCAAUAGUGAAGAUGAUGCGGAUGCCCUUGUUUCUCGCUUUAAAGUGAGAAAAUUAGAAGAAAAUGUUAUUAAUAUGGGUGCAGCAGAGGAAGGUCCUGAUCGUGGAAGUGAAGGUGAGAGUUUGGGUGGUUUUAUUGUUAAUGGAUCAGAUACUUCAAAUAGUUCAGCAGACAAUGGAGAAGGCAGUGGUUCUAGUUACCAUAAAGAAUUUAAUGAGAUUUUAGCAAGUAUGAGUAGUAAACAUUCAUUAAAGUGGGACUUUGAGGCUGACAUGCUUGCUGCUUUUGCAAAGAAUCCUGAGCUCUGCAUGAAGGCUGUAUGUGCACUCUAUAGGCAGCAAACAAGCGAUGAGCAAUCCACCAAAUUUUCACUUCAUGCCAACAGUCGUGGAUUCAAUAAGUUCGACGCAUAUAAGGGAUCUCAUAUUGCCGAAUUCCUCACAGAGGGUGAUGCCUAUGGUCCACUGAAGAAGUCUGCAAAAGAGUUGGAAAAUUACGAUCAUGGGGCUGUAGAUUAUUGCAGUAAACUGGCUUCCCAUUACUCAAAGCAACUGUUUAAGAUAUAUCAAAGUGGGGAGGAUCCCCUAUUUGGCCCUUCCUAAAUUUUGGUUGUGCUCAAUUUUUGUUCAUAUUGAACCCAGCAACUGCCCCACUUUUAUUCUUGUCGUGUGUAAAUGUUUUUACUCUAGUGUUGUAUUUGUAGCUGGUGGGUGAAAAAGCUUGGGUAUGUGCAUGCAUGAGAGAAAGGGAGAGAGAUUUUAAGCUCCUUGCCACCAGAGAGACACAGCAGGCCUUUGCAGCAAAGAGAAAUUUGUGGCUGGUUUUGUAGAGACACAGGGAGAUGGAAGUGAUGGGAAGAAUUCGUACCGAGGGUUUGGAUCUAUGUAAAUUAUUUUAAUAGUGAUGGGGCAUGAAUGGCGUGGACACGUUUGAGAAAUCCUCCCUGCUAUUAGAUGCCUUC